AAUAGAAUAAUGGCGGCCACCAUCUAAGGCUGAUGUCUGCUACUUAAGCAACAACAAAUGCCAGAAAUGUGAUGAAUUUUGUUCAGCUAUUAAGGAAGGCAAAUGACCUCAAGGCACAAUUGACAGCUGAAGGUGGUAGCGAUGCAUGGGUGUCCAGACAGGCAUUGCAAGAUGCCUUUCAUCAGUUGCUCCUGCUUGACCUGGAGACAGCGCUGGAUAAGAAGCUGGAGCAAGAGCUCUGGAAUCAUGUUUUCAAGAAUCACAUUUCCUCACUGCAGCACAAGGCCAGGGAUCGCAUGAAUCCAAAGAGAUCUGAAGUUCAAGCCAUGCUUUCUCUUCUACUUGACAAUGCUAGUGGUUUCUACAUCCAGCUCCUUCAAGAGAUCUGCAGUGCAUUCAACGUACAGCUCGUCUGUCGCAUCAAAGCACAACGCUUGGGACUUUUCCAAGAUACACUGCCAUCAUCUCAGAAACCUGUUCAACCCAAAGCUGUGUCAUGCCACUAUAUCUGUCAACAUUGUCUUGUCCAUCUAGGUGAUAUUGCUCGUUACCGUAAUGACACACAACAAGCAGAAAGCUUCUAUUGCCAUGCAGCCAGUCUUGUGCCAUCUAACGGUCAGCCAUACAAUCAGCUGGCCAUUGUCUCGGCAACCAAAGGUGACCAACUAUCAAUGGCCUUUUACUACAUCCGGAGCAUAGCGGUCAAGCAUCCCUUCCCAGCAGCUGCCACCAAUCUUCAGACCACCUAUGCAAAGCUGGUUGACCGGGAUGAGGUGAAGAUCUUCAAGAUGCGUGAGGUGGAACUCAUUCAUUAUUUUAUCAAGUUUCAUGCCAUCAUGUAUUUGGCUACAUGUGAACAAGAUCUCCAAGUAGCUAGCUCCAUCAAGGACAAGCUAGAGGAGAACUUUCGAAGCCACUUGUCACAGGAGAUCCUGACCAGUCGCCAGCUGACACAGAUGGCAGCCAUCAAUUUGUUUGCCCUGCAUAGCAUUCGCCAGCACGUAAACAACGGAGAGCGUGGGACCAAAGCGGUUGUUACAGAUCUUGGAGGAUUGGUCGGAGCUCAGGACCUAGGACCUUAUGCAGCGAACAACCUCCAGUGUUGGACUUUGGUGAUGGGAUUCACAUUCAAUUUGCUUCAGAUGAUGCUUCAUUAUGCCCCUCAGAAAGGAGGGGAAUCCCCGGUAGAUGGUUGGCCAGGUCUACCCGCUGUGCGACUUCUCUUGGGAUGGAUUUACUUGCAGCCAGCAAUCUUUGAUGACCCAGUCCUCUCAAACAAGACUGGGGUAUGGAGUAAGCUUGGUCGUGUGCUGACGUCCCUUCAGGUAGAUGCGUCACCUCAGGGCGAUGACUCCACCAGCUCUCUCCCACUCCCUGAGGAUAAUCUUCUUGAUGGCUUUACACCUCUCCAAGAGUUUCAAAGGGAUCUAGACUUUGGUCAGAACAAGAGGCAAGGUUGGAAUAGGAAUGCAAUCAACCAAGAGAGAAGUCAGAGAUUAAGCAGUCAGGGAAAAUGGCUUGCUCAUCAUCAACCAAGUCUGCUGAAAGUGGAAACAAACUCUUCAAAUAAGCUUGUCUUUACUAGUCCUCUUGGAGACGAUGUGACAUCACGGAGAUCCUCCCAUCAUCAACAGAGACAACAGAGGGCAGCAAAGGCAGCAGCAUCUAAUGCAAAAGGCUCUGAGUCGUCAUCCAGAUCAGCAUCAGUUGAGAAAGAGACCCCCAAGAAGAUUGUCGGAAUGCAGAGGAAAGAUGGCAGCAGAGAGAGGGGAAGCGAAGAAAACCAGAGCAAAACAAUAGCUGUACAGGCAAUAAUGUCCAGGCCAAAUAGUGAUGUGAAUAAGCCAACAGUGACCUACAAAGGUCAAGAAAGAUCUAAUCAAGGUAGCAAUUCCAAGUCCUCGAAAUCACCAAGUAGUAGCACCACCAAAGACCAGGAAGCAACCAAGCGUCAUGUCCAGUGGCAGAACCCUCCCCAUGCGUUUGCCCAAGAGCCUUCAUCCUAUUACCCUAAGAAACCACACCCUACCUCGCAGCCCCACCCUAUGCCUCAGUCCAACCCUACCGCUCACCCGCACCCAAAUGCUCAACCACAUCUUGGACCUGGAUCUGUACAGCCAGGACAGCAGCCCCAGGGCACAGGCCCUGCCUCUGCUCCAAGACAUCCUCCUCCAUCUGGCCCAUAUCCCCAACAGGUGGGUCAGCAGCGCCUGCCACACCCCUAUGGACACCCACCACCACCACCAGGUCCACCACCGCCUGGAGUUCCCCCACCUUCGAUGGGGAUGCCGCCUCCUCCUCCUGAUCAGAUGUAUCCACCUCCACCCUUGGGCCCUCCACCGUCAUUCAACCCGAGCUCCCAGAAUGCCCCACACAGGGCAAUGCACCCUCCCCCACCCAGACAAAUGGGCCCCCCUCCCAUGCCCCAUGUAGCUCCUCCAGGAUGGCAACAGCCUCACAGGGAUGUCAGUAGAGAUGGACAACCACCGCAUCUUCCAAGAGACGGUCCACCAUCACCUCGUGGAGUACCUCCUCACAUGCAGCCCCCGAAGGUCCAGAUUCCACCACCGAUGCCCCAAGGAACUCAGAUGUCUCCCAACUCUAACAUGCCCCAGUCUCAGGGUCAUCACCAUCACCAAGGUGGUUGGCCAGCCAGACCUGGUCCGAUGCCCACUGUGGGAGAGAGACAAGAAGAUCAUCCUCCUGGAGACACUAUGUCCAACAUCAGCAUGUGGAAUGCAGCUAUGCAGGACAAACUCGGCCACACUCACAUGCAGAGGAAUAGACCUGACAUGCAGCAGUAUCAGCAGCAAGGACAGCAGGGCAUGGGCAGGGAUACCAGUCCUAUCCGUAGUCCAAUUGGCAACUCCCCGCAAUUUCGGCUGUCUCCUUCAGUUGAGGACUUUGGCCAAGGGCCAGUGCAGGCUAGCCAACCUCCAAGAAGGAUGUCCAAUCCUACAGAAAUGCAGAUGCAGGGAUAUGGCCCUAACCAAAACUUCGAUCAGGGUCGGAUGAACUACAUGCCAUCCAUGGCCAACUCAAAUGAACAUCCAGGUCGCAUGCAGUCACAGCAGAAACAGCAACAACAGCCAAGUGUAGGACCUCCUCCUCAGAUCCUAGACAGCCAAGGUGCAAACCUCCUGGAACUGCUUGCAAAGAUGCAACAGCAGAUUGUCCCAGAGAAUCCCGUCGGCAGCAGUAACAGCGGAACCAAGAUGCGCUAUUCUCCCGAAGAGCACUCUGUUGAAGCCUUCCGUGCCAACUUGGACAACAGUCAGCAAAAGAAUGUAAGGGAUCCCCCUGGGUUCCGCACUGCUCCAGAAAGGUUCUAUGAUGAUCAGCUGGCCAAGAACAACGGCAGACCUGGUGGGUCAGAAUUCUAUGGCAUGCAGCAAGGAGAGCAGAGAGGCACGAUAGGAUACAACCAACUUGGCAACAGAUCCCAAGGAGGGUCAGCUUUCAGGAAGGUUCAACCACAGCAGCCUGAUCAGAAAGAUCUGUUUCCUCAGUCAGACCUGGAAGCUAAGGUUUCCAGGUCUUACGAGCCAGGAGAUGCUUUUUCAUUCUUCACACCGUCAUCUAAUCAACAAGAAAAACAGCACCCCCAGCAGCAGCAGAUGUUGGGUGGGGAAAACCUCAAAUUUGGACGUGAUAUCUUUGGGCAAGAUUCGGGUCUUCAAGAACCACAAUCUUUCCCAUACAGGAGAUCGUCUGGGGGACUGUAUGAGAAAUCUGCCUCUGGCUUUACAUCCUCCCAGCCCCCCACCUCCAGCUCUGAUACCGCCUGGAGAAUGGAGAACAGAGAAGAAAGCAACCAGCAUCUCCGGGGAAUCUUCCCUGGACCUCAGGCAGGAGGAGGAAGCUCUGGGGGUGGUGGAGCCGGGAGCAAUGCUGUAAGGAGGGGGUCGGAGGAGACGACAUCUACUGGUUAUAACGCUCGGUGGACUGGAGACAGCAGGGAACAGAUGGUGACUGAGGGAACUAGACGACCUUCCCAGGAUGCAUUGUUUAAUCAGAUGAAUUCAGGUGGGAGUGGACAGAGUUUAUUCCAACAAGAACCAUUUAUUGAACGAGAAUCCUCAUCCUCGUCCUAUUCCACUCCACAACAUCACCAGUCAGCUGUAGCCAAGAACAGCUACUUCUCUGGGAGUGCGUUGAAAGGGAAGCAGCCAGAUGAAGAGAAUGUCUUCUCUAGCAGUGGUAAUAGCUAUUCUCUCUUCAGCUCACCCUCCCCCUGGUCAUCUAGGCAGGAAGAAGGUGAUGGAGGAUUGAGUAAGUCAGGGGAGGGUUUAGGAAGUACCCUGGGCCUAAAGUGGAGGGAACCUCAGCUCUCCAGCUCACCAACCAGCAGCCUCUUACCAGAGAGAAUACAGAGUAUCUGGUCCAGCCCUUUGCGAUCAGAGCAAUCACCCCUGGAGAAGAUCCUUGGCCACACUGUGAGCCUUGAACAACAGAAACCCGAUACGUGAAGGAAAGCCGCAGCGUGUCAACCUAAACUCCUGUGGACUCCCAUCGGUAGCUCCAUGGGCGGCUAGGAGAGAAGAAUCCUAAAAUCUAUCCAGCAACUUAAAACAUCAAGAUCAUCAUCAAGAAACUACAGUAACAAUGAGCACAAGAGGCUCCUAUAACACGUAGAGAAGAGGAGAAAGAGAAGGACAGAGAAGGAGAGAAGAGCAGAUCCGUUUAUAUCCUUUCUCUCUUCGUUAUUAAUAUCAAUACGGUAUCGUCUUCAUGGCUCUAUUUACAAAUGAAAAACGUUAUUGAAUCAUUAAGUAAGGUUGUUUUAACCUGUUUUGUUGACAUCUCAAGGACUUUCAAAAGUGUAAGCAUUCAGACGAAAUGUCACAUAGAGUUGUUUUGUUACCGACGUUGAUAGACCUGAAGUAAGAGGUUCUGAGAUGUACGUAUGUAUGAAAAUGACAUCAUUUGCACUAUUUUGCGAGAGUUCUGUAGGCCUACUAAGAGUGACUAGGAUAUGUAGUUAUACAAUGAGGUUUUAUUUCAUUCUUUGGAAAAUCUUGUGACGUGAGCAUACGAGUGGAGCUCUAUGAUGUGUGUAUAGCAGGCACUGAAGGCUAUGAACCUGUAGAGGGUGCUACAACUGAAGUAUUUCUGAUCUGGAUUUUUUUUUCUAUGAUGAGAUAGAAAGGGAGAUAGAGAUAGAGAGAGAGAGAGAGAGAGAAGGAAGGAAGAAGAAAUACCAUAGGCUAAGCCGCUAGCAACCUAUCAGCACAAGAGUAGUGCAUUCUAUUUGUAAACAUGUUUACGUGUUUGAUUUUUCUGUUUUUAGAUACUGUAGUUUUAAUCUGUUUAUUUGAUAUAUCUUGAAAAAUAAAAUAUCUAGCUUAAAGUAUCGAUGAAGAACAGGAAAGUUGUAGCACAGGCCCUUGAGGUGUACAGAGAUAGCUGCAAAUUCUAAUAGGUUAUAUGAUGUGUAUAUAAAGCCCAGCAUCUGACUAAAUUCUUGUCUGCUGAAGCUUACAGUGAAAUCCAUUCAUUAAUUUCUAUAAUUGGGUUAGGUUUUGUAAAGGGAAUACUUGGCUGCAGUAUGGAAUGGGGUUAUAUGAAUUAAUCAGUGUAUGAAGCAGUAGAAACAUUUUUUUUCCAAGAUUGCGAUUCACGUGUUGUGUGAUUCACAACACGUGUAGUAUAAUCUGGAAAAAAGACAAACAAGUAGGAAAGUGAAGAGAGAGAGAGAGAGAGAAAGAAAGUAAGUCGAGGAUUAGAAUAUUUCUAAGAAACAAGAAAUAUAUCUGUAUUAUUUUAUUCAUGAAAUCUGCAAUAGGAGUGGCUUCAAAAUGUUCUUAUAGCAUGAAAAUUACCUUUUAUUAUUGUGUUAAAUUACAUUGAACAAUUAUUAACCUUUAAUUCCAUACAAUAUAAUUUAUUAUUUGCUUAAUUCAUCUGAAUAGAAUAUUUACUUUGUUAUAUGCAAUGAUUUAAAAUAAGUUGAUUUUCUUACCUAGUCUAAUACUCCAUCCAUGUAUACCAUUACUGUUGUACAUAUAAUAAAAUCCCCAGUUUUCUGUGAUACAUACAACAGACAUAUCAAGUCGAGAAGAACAGGGGAUUCACAGAAUUUCAUGGAAAACACAAUUUUUCACCCCCAAAAAUAAUAAUAAUGACAAAACUCAGUUGAAAUCGUGACACCAUAUCCAUACCUAAUAAAACAAAGCUAAAAAUAAUCCAAUGCCUUUGAAGACCAUUGCAGUGGAUGUCCUAAUGACUUGCCAUAGUUAUCACCUCAUUCAUAGCCUUGGAGAUAUUUGUGCCAUUUUUUCCCAUUUGUGUUGUAACAUGGAAAUGUCCUUCUCUAGAGAAGUUGCUUCAUGCUUUAAAUGUUGAAAUUUAAGGGCAGGCAUCAUUGGAGCGUCUGCCCACCUCUUAUGUUCACGGUAUUCUGCAUGCGUUCAUCAAGCUUUUUCUGCAUACUGGAGAGUGUCUAUGUCGUGGAUCCUACAGUUUAUUUAAGACUAUUGAUAUCUUUAUGAAUUACUUAAUGGUAUGUUUUGUAAAUGUUCACUGGAGAAGACAUGAUUUGAUUUUUAGAACAAUGAAGAAUACACUAUUUGCAUUUAUAAAACAGGAAACUUGGGACUUAUACCUAUACAUAAGGAAUAACCUGAAUGUAUUGGGGUUUAACAUGGUACAAAGUGCAGAGAGAUGUUUUUAAAUCAGCUGAUAGUUACUGUUCAUUGCCUAAUUGAUGUUCCAUUGUUGUGCUGUAAUUCUCCCAAUAUGAACCAUAGUUUGCAAAUUUGAAAAACAGCUAGUUCAAAGAACUCUGAUCAAGGUGUGUGUUUUAAAGCCAAGCACGUUACUUUUAACUUGGUGGCUUAUUUUAUUGUAAGGUUUCUCUAAAACUAUAUUCAUAUCUGUAAUGAUACAUGUAACCCGUAUCUUUUCACUUUGAUGUGUUUAUUUUUCCUUGCAUGUAUAUGCUUUUAAUUAUUUGGCCCGUGUGUAAGGUUUCAAGACUUUUUAAAUUGAGAGUAUCAUGUUAUAUUUCCUUUUUCUUCAGAUUGUGGCAGAUCUUCUCUCGCUAAUAUUAUGGUUCAGUGGACAGGUAUUGUUUGUUGCCAGACAAACUAAUUUUUUUGCAAUUUUUUAACAGAUGUAUGUUGCCAUACAACAGCUAUGAAUAAUCAUCAUCAUGAUUAUCAUCUUCAUCAUCAUCAUCAUCAUUAUCAUCAUCAUUAUCAUCAUCAUUCUCAUCAUCAUCAUCAUCAUCAUCAUCAUCAUCAUCAUCAUCAUCAUCAUCAUCAUCAUCAUAGUCAUUACCACCAUGCUGCAGGGCUGAGCUACAACAAUUAUACUUGUCUGUGAUCCAGUCCAUGUUAGUAAAUAACAAAUGGCGAAGAUGUUCUCUUAGAUUUCCAAAAUACACAAAAUUUCACCUCCCAAGUAAAAAUUGUUAAAAAGAGCCUUUGGAAGUUUCAUACUAUGUGUAAAACAAACUCUUUAUUUCCUGCCAAAUAUCUCUUGAUUUAACUAUGCUUCAUGUCCACUUCUAGAAGAGGUAAAAGUAAGUUUUGACAGAUCCUAUUGUAACUACUUAAGACUGUAAAAGUAUACUGUUGUGAAACUAUUGCCCAAAAUGAAAUAUCAGUAAUGUAGUUAUAUUCAACAGUCUGUCUUGAUCUUUCAAGGGUAGAAAAUUUAAUUUUGAUGAUACCUGACUCUGUGAAAAGCAAUGGAGUUCCCCUAUCCUAACUGAACGUUGAAUAGGGCUUAGAUAACAAUGCUGUACCAUUGAAACAAAUCACAGCUUUUCUUUUGCCCGAUUCGGGUGAUGUCAGACUUUGAAUGAUGAGAUACGUGGCAAGGAAAACAAUAUACCUGUUAUAGAUGCUGCAGUUGACUCUAGUUACCAUCUGUAUAGAAAGAUGACCUCUCUGUGAGGACCAUGGGCAUUAUGACAUCACACUUUAUAAGUGGGAUGGGGAUGACACAGUGGGAUCACUGCUUGAAUUUCCAUCAGUGAUAGAGACCACCAGAUUGGUGUUCUCUGAGCAGAGCUUUCGCAUUGAAACAUGUAUUACAGCAUGACAACGGACCUACAACUAACCACCAUAUCAGAAAGCCUACUUUUCAAGUCACCAUUGGGCAGCAUUUACAUACAGGUUUGACUGUGUAAUGUGUAUUGUUUGUAUUACACUGUUUUACUGUAAUUGAGCCAAAGACCUGUUACUGGUUGCAUACCCUAAAUGUAUCAGAUCCCAAGGGAAGAUGUUGCUAGUUAUAAUAUUGUCCUUAAUCUAUAUCUUAAUGUGAAUGUUAUGCAUAUUACACAUACAUAAUCAGUAUGAAGUGAUACAAGAUAAUGUAAAAUGAAAUAAUAAUGCAACUUUUAAAGUGCACAUUUCGUCGGCGGUCAUACAAGGGUCAUUCUUCAAUAAGUGUAUAUUUUCGACCAUUGUGGGAUGAUGAAAUUCAAAACUAUUUCUAAACUUUCUUUUUGUCUGUUUAAUAUAUUUGUACAUCUGUAGAUUAUGGAAAUACUGUUUGGCGCGAUCUUUAUGGGGACUAAGUUAUAAUUUUGGGGUCUUUUUAAACAUGUACACUGUUAAUGCGUCAUCUCCGUCACAAUUUUUUUUCUCAAAUAAAUCGCCUCUCUUUCACUGAAGAACGAAAUAAACUUUAUAUCCGAUCUCCGUUUGAACAGACGGGGUGACUGUGAAUAUAAACAAAAACGCUGGUCAGCCACAUUCUGAUUUUUUUUUCUACAGCUGCCAUUUAUACCUGCCUUGCUGAAUGAAAAGUGAAUUUCGCCAAAUCUUGUCAUUUUUUAUCAGUGUGAGCAAAUUUUAUCAGGAAAUUCAGACGAAGAGAGGUAUAUGAUUUCGAGUUAAUAGAUCGCUAAAAAUACCAAUACAAAUAAUUUUUACUCUAGAAUAAUCUCUGAUAAAAUUUAUGCAUUUGAACUGAGCGUGACGGAGAUGACGAACGCGUGACGGAGAUGACGCACGCGUGACGGAGAUGACGCUGUUGUCUAUAGGGUGGCGAUUUCUUGUUCUGCUUUUGUCUGUUCACAAACGGGCAAUAUGCGUUAUAUACAGUGCACUCUCGAUAUAAAGAAGUCCUUGGGACCCAUCAAAUAAGUUCUUUAUAACGAAAUUUCUUUAUAUAAGGGUUGCCAAAACAAUAAAAUACAAAGGAAAUCCAA